AUGCCUCCUAUGGCUCGAAUACCCUCUCCCAGGGGCGCCCAACCCGACAAGCCUACGUCCUUCACAGCUUUCUCGCAGACCCUCCUGAGGCGUCUCCCGUCCGCCUACGACCCACCCGCGAUCGACUCGCUGCUCGCCGAGCUGAAGCCGCAGCUGGAGACGAUCGUCAACUUCCACGCAGCCUCGAGGACAAAGCCCCAGCGGGGAGAGCUGGACAGGAAAGGGACCGAGCUGUGGAACGUCUGCACCAGGCUGCGCCGCGACAACGCCCCCAGCGCGCCGCCGACGAGGGGGAAACUCCUGCUCCGGAGCAGGGCCUACGCGUUCUUCAUGAUUACCGUCGCAAGGGACGCCGUCUCCGGGGCUAAGCCCCAGAUGGCGGACGUGGUGCACCUGACGAAGCUGAUGCUCAAGGCAGGGAGAAUGUGCAUUAACGAUGACAGCAUCAGUGCCAGCACUAGCACCAUGAAGCUGGCCAAUGCCAUCUUCACGAAAGGAGCGGGAUACGUCGCGGCUCUGGGCGAGCUACAGAAAGCAAUGCUGGGACCUGAUGACUUGGCGGAGUGCAAACGUCUAGAGUCGGAAUACUACAUACUCCGCACGGCGCUGGCCUGGAAAGAGGACAACCUCACCGUCGCCGAGUUCAUGUACGACAAGGGUCACCUCGACCCGCAGCCUCUGGAGCCAGGCUCCGCCGAGAAGAUGACAGAGGUCCUCUUUGAGAUGGGAAAAGACCUAUCCAAAAAGGGCGACUUCCCCAUGGCCGCGCGAUGGCUCGAACGGGGCUACGAUGUCAUCAACGCCCAAGACCUGGACCGCCUCUCCCGCGACGCCAUCGAGCUGCGCCUCGCCGUCUGCCAAGCCCUGGUCCACGCACUGCUCGGGAUGGACACGCAGGAUGCUUCCCAGAGAGCGCUCGGCCUGGUCAACUACCUCGAGGCCGAGGUCGGCGACAAGCCCGUCGCGCUGCUGCUCCGCCUCGAGCUCCUGCAGAAGGCACCGGCCGAGGUCUUCGACGUCGAGGCCUACGCCGGCGUCCUACGGCGGAUGGUGCGCGCCUUCACCUUCUCCGAGGCGCACUUCAAGCUCCUCGUGCACCACGCGCGGAAGCUGCACGACAAGAGCCCGACGCAGGCGACAGACGUCGUAGAUGGGAUGCUCCAGGGCACCGUCGUAUCCUCGGGGCGUGACGAGUGGGUCGAGAGGCUGGUUCUCUUGAGAAUCUGGAUGGAGACGAACCAGAGGGAUAGCAUGAGGGCUGUUGAGGGGUUGGCAGCUGUCUUGACGGGGCUCCAGGACACCCUGGAGAAGCCUCUUGGGGCUUCUGCAGCGGUUGGGGCGUUGACUCUGCUGUGGAAGAAGAUCGAGGUCAAUUACAAUCAGGGCCACUUCGACUUCGCGGAUGGCUGGUGUCAGAUUGCGUUGCAGCCCCUUUUCCAGAACGGCGGGCCCGCGAACCGGUCAAGGCUCAGCAGGAAGCUCAUCCUCUGCGCACUGGGGCAGAACGAUACAGAGAGAGCGCGACAGGUCUUCCACAAUAUGGCGGAGGCGUCGCAAAACGAGCCGAUGACGCGGUAUCUGAUGUACAAGGUCGCGCUCCGCUCGACAGACCGCGAGUUGGCGACGGAGUGUCUUGAACGAAUUGGCGCUGCGGCAGGAUUAGAGCCCGACUUUCUCUAUGCUUGCGUGUUGGAGGCGCAGCAGGCUGGAGAUAGGGUCUGCGCGAUGCAGGCCAUGAAGCAGCUGGCUGGCAAAGUCGAGUUCAGCGAGGCGUCCCCCGUUCACCUCCCCGCGCUUCUGCGGUGCAAUAUCCGGCUCGCCGUCUCGGUCAUGGAGGGUGAGAAGGACGCCGGAAGACGUAAGGCGGCGGUGGAGGAGGUUGUCACGCUGUUUGAAGGAGCCUCCAAAGCGAUCCAGCGGAACCCGAACGGAAAGGACGGCAACCGGCUCUUCACGGUCAAGGAACUCGACUGGUUCUGCCAGAACGCAUACAACCUCGGCCUCAAGCACGUGGACAGCUGGGGCCUCGAGCAUCUUGUGCGCUUGUACGACGGCUGCCUCACCAUCGCAGCGCACUACCCUGCCGACCUCCCCGCCGAGGCGGCCGGCGACGUGGCCUUCCGGACCAUGUUCUGCCACUUCGUCGCUGCAGCGGCGCUCGUCUCCCUCGCGCGCGCCGAAGACGGCACCGAACGGCGACUACAAGACUACCUCGUCGCGCGGCGGCACAUCAAAGCCUACAGCGACGCGCUGGAGGACCGGGCGAACGCGCUGGACGCACUGCUCAGGGCCGACCUCGUGGCGAAGCUGGCGACGCUGACCGUGUUCGACUUCGAGGCGGCGGUGGCGCUGAGGCAGUACGACGCCCUCGGGUACGUCGUCCGCGCGGCAAAGACGUGCCGGGACGUGAACGCGCUCAAGGCCAUGGGCGACAUUGCGCUGCGCGGCAAGCUUCCCGGGCAAGAGCUCUACUCGACGCUCGGCGUCAUCGUCAACGAGAUCUGGGAGCUCGAGAGGAUGAAGAGCGACCGGCUGGCAAAGUACAUCCGGUGCAUGUUUCACGCCGUGCUACCGCUCGACGCGGCGCUGGGGCAGAGACUGAUGAGGCAGGCGAUUGACGUGGCAAAGGAUUCCCGCGGUGGCCCGCACCCAUUCCCGCCCGAGGAGCUCGAGUGGCUCGUGACCGUCUCCUUCAACCAGGCGGUGGACGCGUACAACGCCCGGCAGGACGAUGGGUGUGCCAAGUGGGCUGAACUGGCGAUGAACCUCGCGCACUACGCCAACGACGGCGGCGGCCUGGAGGCCAUGGUGCACGAGCAAUGGGCGAAGCUGAAGCUCUGA